AUUCUGUGAGACUCGGCCGCGUGGCCGCCUCUGUUAUGGCGCCUCAAAUUGUUCGCAACUUUGAACGCAGCGAGACUUCGAUACUUUUUUGAACAUCGAAUGUUUUUUGAAUUUGCGUUCGAAUUCUUGUGAGUUUUAUGAAAAAGAAAGUUCGACUGUCAAAUGUUUUGUUAAGUAUUCUAAAUAUGAAAUAUUAAAAAAUAAAACAGUGAUGUGCGUGUUUUAAGUGAGUGAUGUUUAUAAAAACUUUAUCGAUAAAACGAAGAAAAAAAAUCUAAAUAAUAAUAUUAAUUUCUUUGAUCUCGUAAUUGAAUAUUAAUUGAAUGCAGGUACUUUAAUUGCUAUUUUGGGUUGAAGUGCAGAAAGUUUGUUGGCUUUAGAUGAUUUAUGAUGCGGACGACACCGUGGAGACGACGGUUCGGAAAAUUUUAAUGCUUCGAAUCUGACGUGACAUUCGGAUCAAAAAUGUUCACCGCACAGCCGAACACGUCGGUCCUCAUAUACAGUCCCGAUGACAACCAGACGGAAAGCGAGUACACGCCAUACGAAGAACGCUUGGAGACAUACAUAGUGCCGGUCCUAUUUGCCAUCAUCUUCAUAGUCGGUGUGCUGGGCAAUGGGACCCUGGUUAUCGUGUAUGUCAGGCAUAGGGGCAUGAGGAAUGCACCGAACACGUACAUAUUCUCCUUGGCCCUAGCAGACCUUCUAGUAAUCCUGAUAUGCGUGCCCUUCGUCUCAAUAAUAUACACCCUCGAGUCCUGGCCAUGGGGAGAGCUGAUCUGUCGUAUCUCCGAAGCGGGAAAAGAUGUCAGCAUUGGAGUAUCAGUGUUCACCCUUACGGCAUUAUCCGCAGAACGAUACUGUGCUAUUGUAAAUCCUUUUAGAAGACUCCAGCUCCGCAAACUACCCCUGGUUUGUGCAACUUUCAUAUGGGCUGCAGCGCUUAUCUUCGCAGCACCUGCAGCGCUGUUCUCGAACACAGUAACUGUGCAAAUAAGGCCUAAUGUCACCAUCGUGUAUUGCACACCUUUCCCGCUCGGAUGGGAUAGCUACCCGAAGUGGAUGACCCUAGCAAAAGCGCUAGUAUACUACGGUCUACCGCUGCUGGUGAUUGCUUUCUUCUACUCUCUAAUGGCGCGACGAUUGCUGGCCAGCACCAGGGAGAUGCCAGGCGCGUUGCACGGAGGACAAGGAGAGGCACAAGCACAGGCUCGGAAGUCUGUUGCCUGUAUGGUGCUGGUUUUUGUUAUUGUAUUUUUCAUCUGCUUUCUUCCGUACCAUGCGUUUGAAGUUUGGUUCCAUCUUUCUGCGACUGCGCAGGCUGAUUACAAUGAUUGGAUGCAUGCCUUCAGAAUAAUGGGCUUCUGUCUCAGUUUCCUCAACUCCUGCGUUAACCCAGUGGCUCUCUACUGCGUGAGCGGAGUCUUUCGGUCCCACUUCAACCGCUACCUCUGCUGCCGCCGAGGCACGUUACACCCGACAUGCAGCUCCCGGCUGUCCAGGACUGCGGUCUGCGAGACCUCGUUCAGGAGUACCCAUCGACAUCGGUGCAACAGGAAUCCGACAGAGAGCGUUGUGAUAUCAAACUACGACUACGGAAGUACUAAGAAAAAGAGCAACAUUAUCACCAGGAACAGUGCUGAUGGGGUUACCAUCAUGACCAUUCGAGACUCCAACGACUUUCUUACCGGGGACUUGGACGAAAAAUGUAUCAACAGAUAGGGAAGCAAAAAUAUCGUGAUACGAUACAAAAGACAAUGACUUUUUUUAUCUGUGAAUUUUUAUCUUGUCUAUAACGCUUUCUAUGUCAUAUUGUUUAUGAUUGGUGAAGCGUGAGUUUACGGUUCAACGAGAAUUGAUGUCAAAGGAGUCUUUAGUGUGUAAUAGAAAAGUUGUGAGCUUGUCUUUUGUCGUUUUGAGGGUUGGUUGUUGGCAGGAAAAUGAAAGAAAAUUUAUGCCAUUUUUCAAUUUCAUAAUAAACUACUUUAAAAUAAUUAAAAACACAAAUGCCCGUUUUCACCAACAAUCUCUUAAUCUAAGUGCCACUUAGAAUAAGGGCUCUCCCAAUUUUGACAUAAAUAACUAUGGAUAAGGGAUACCUAAACUUUGGUAAAAACGAAAUUCUUAUUAAGUGUUCCGUAAAUGCUCUUAGGGGAUCCCUAAAUUUAGGUAUUUGUUGGUGAAAAUGGGCAAAAGACAAGUACUUACCAAAAUAUAAGUUAUAGGGCGAGACUACAUAAUUGCGUUGCGGCGUCGCGUCGUCGGUAAAUGCUCCAUAUGUCUGAUGUAGCUUUUUUGAUAUGGUGCGGUGCCGCACCGCAGUAAUUGUGGCCCUGCCUUUAAAUCAGUGUUCCCAGCACGUUACAUUCAAGUACGUGUGAUAUUUAAUUUUGGGUCAUAUAAAAUUUCAUUCCAUGUAUUUAAAUGGGAAGUAAUUUCUAUUUUCAGAAUACACAAAAACACUUUUAGCAUUUUUAUUUUUUAUAACAUUAUAUUCAAAAUGACUCUGGCUAUUAUGUUUAGGUCCAUAUACGACUGGCAGACAUCAUUUGCUCUCUACUAUGUAAGAUGACUGGCUAAAGAAAUGUAUCUACAUGACUCCUUUACUUCAUUCUCAAAUGGACCUUUGUAUACGAUUGGAGCAAUGGAAGUGACUCUCUAAAAUACAACUAAAUUAACAUCACAAAAUCAUGAUAUAUUUUAAAAUGAAUAAUAUAAGAAAAUUUUCUGUUUCGCGUACUUCUAUGCAUUUAUAAAAAUGUGAAAUUUAAUGUUAAGUAUUUUUGUAUAACGUAGAACAAAGCCUGUAUCAUAAGCUUGUUAUAAUUAUUAUUCUGAAAAAAAUAAUAAUUUAUUGUAGUGCAUAAUUAUACUUUUUUGUUAUCAUGUUAGAUGAAUAAGAGAUAUUUAAUUAGUGAUAAUAUAAUAUUAAAAAUAUUAUUUGUUUUAAGAUACACACUAUAUCAAACAUUUUAUGUACAGAUAAACGAAAUGUUAAACAUUAAAGAAUGGAUUUUGAAAAUCCUUCUCUGCUGUAUAUUUAUUUUAUUUAUACAAUUUUUGUGGACAUAUAACGCAGUGGCAAGUUCUACCAAAACCAAGAUUUCUCUUAACAAUGUAAUAGUUACCACAGAUUAACUGUUAUAAGUUUGAAACUAAGCCUUAGUAAGACCUACUGUAAGCCAGUGUAAGACCCGUAACUUUGGCUUAAAUGCAACUGCUCUCGAUUACAGUUAGUACAUAGUACCAUACAGUUAAGCGUUUAAGCUUCCCAGUACUAAAUGCACUCGAUAUGUAGGUUCAAAGUACCUAAUUAUCUGUCUUUUUUCUUAUUCCUAUUGUAAUAUUUUCAGUAUACUCGGGAGGAACUUGCAAUGAUAUAAAAAAAUGGCAGAUUUAAAUUAUAUUUUUUUGUUGUUAUAAAAUGAGAAUUUUGUAAAAUGAAUAUUUUUUUGAACAUGGCCAGGAUUUAUUGUUCUCAAGUGUAAUUUCUUGCAUAAAAUAUGUGUAAUUGAACUAAUGUACGUAUAUUUAUAAUUUUUAAUAGUAUAAGAAUAAAACAUUUCAAUUGUAAAUUAUAGACGAUAUUAGGUUUUAAAAGACCAAAGAAUAUAUUUAAUAAUUUAUAAUGAUUAUUUUAAAUGUUAUAGAAUAAUUUGUUGUAAUAUAAAUGUUAAGUGUACAUAUUGAUAUACGGCUUUGUAUAUUAUAAGUUAUAUUCCAAAGAUUUGUACAAGUUUAAGAUAUAAGCGAAAAAAGAUGUUCUAAUUACCCCUUAAUAGUAAUCACUCUGUGUAUAGAUUUUUUUUUUAAAUAAAUAUAAGUCUGUACCAA